UAUUUAUCCUGACACCCCAGACGCUGUUCCGCCAAUUCAGCGCGAGCGUGGAAGCAGAUCAUCCAUAGGAAACUAUACGCCGUGAAAUUCGAUCUCCGGCGAUUCUCCGCCUUUGUGGAUGACAAUAAUGGCAUCACUCUCCGCUGCAAUUCCUCUCGUCUCCUUCUCCCGUGGCGCAAAGAAAUUGAGCAGUUUAGCCCCUGUAUCUUCGAGGACGCAUGGAUUAAACUUUUAUUUCCUCACAAAUUCACCUAGGAAUGGCAACCGGUUUUCUGUUUCAAGCACAAUGGGAACAAAUGGCGAUUCUACAGGGAUAUCUGAAAACGAAACAGCCCCUCGAACCUACACAUGGCCUGAUAAAAAGAGACCGAGGGUGUGCAUUUUAGGCGGUGGAUUUGGAGGCUUGUACACGGCUUUAAGACUGGAAUCACUUGUGUGGCCGGACGACAAAAAGCCUCAGGUCAUUCUGGUUGACCAGUCUGAACGUUUUGUUUUCAAGCCAAUGUUGUAUGAACUCCUCUCUGGAGAAGUUGAUGUGUGGGAGAUAGCUCCCCGUUUUUCGGAUUUGUUAGCAAACACAGGGGUCCAAUUCUUCCGAGACAGAGUAAAAACAUUGCAACCUUCUGAUCAUUUAGGUGUAAAUGGGCCUGGAAGUUCCGUUCCCGGAGGAACAGUCCUACUGGAAAGUGGCUUUCUUAUUGAAUAUGACUGGCUGGUUCUUGCUCUGGGUGCUGAACCUAGACUUGACUUUGUUCCAGGGGCAAUGGAGUUUGCUUUUCCCUUCUACUCUCUUGAGGAUGCAAUUAGGGUUAACGAGAAGUUGAGAAAAUUGGAUAGGAGGAACUUUAGGGAUGGUUCUACCAUUAAGGUGGCUGUUGUUGGGUGUGGUUACUCUGGAGUGGAGUUAGCUGCCACCAUAUCCGAAAGAUUGCAAGAUCGAGGAAUAGUGCAAGCCAUCAAUGUGGAGAACUCUAUCUUGCCAUCUGCCCCAGCUGGGAACAGAGAGGCUGCCAUUAAGGUUCUUGAAUCAAGAAAAGUCGAACUGUACUUGGGAUAUCUUGUCCGGUGCAUAACGAAAGCGGGUGAGUCAGAAGCUUUUGAGAACUUAAAGGAAGAUGAGAGGUAUUUGUUAGAGCUUCAGCCUGCAGAAAGAGGGUUGAAGAGUCGAACACUAGAAGCAGAUAUUGUGUUGUGGACUGUUGGUUCCAAGCCUCUGCUACCUCAAGUGGAAUCUGGAAACAUACCGAGUGAACUUCCCUUGAAUGCCAGAGGACAAGCAGAAACAGAUGAAACUCUCCGAGUGAAGGGCCACCCACGAAUAUUCGCCUUAGGUGAUUCGUCCGCUUUAAGGGAUUCCAAAGGAAGGCUUCUUCCGGCAACAGCUCAGGUAGCAUUUCAAGAAGCUGACUUUGCGGGUUGGAAUAUAUGGGCAGCGAUCAACAACCGUCCUCUAUUACCGUUCAGGUUUCAGAAUCUGGGUGAGAUGAUGACGCUGGGGAGAUACGAUGCGGCUAUAUCACCGAGUUUCAUAGAAGGGUUGACGCUGGAAGGGCCAAUCGGACAUACCGCGAGGAAGCUGGCUUACCUGAUAAGGCUACCGACGGAUGAGCACCGUCUUAAAGUUGGAAUAAGCUGGCUUGCAAAAUCCGCCGUCGAUUCCAUCGCUUCAUUUCAGAGCAAUCUUACCAAGGUACUCUCCUCACGUUCUUAAGAUCCAUGCCUUUUACUUGAGAUCAAAAGAUGACUGAUAAGUGUAGCCUCUUUUCUUCCUUCAUUGUAUAUGAUACUUUUUCUUUGGCAAAACGACUGUGCCUGUGGCUUUCGUUCGUGGAACUAAAGCUUUUUGCUGUUACACCCUUCCAGAAAAGAAAAAAAGAACAGUCGUAUGGAAAGAUUCUCGGCCUCUUGGCUCAUCC